AUGACAGUGUUUCUCUUUUUGACUAACAGGCGGGAACAAGUUGAUAAAGUGAUCAAAUUCAGUAAUGAGUCGGCGUUAGGAGAGUUAUUAAGUGAAAAUAGGUUCGCUGUUGAGAUCCAGAAGAAUUUUAACAUAGACGUUAAAAUGGUAACGGAACCAGUGGAUAGUUUCGAUAACUCAGUUGAAGUAGCUGUAAUAAAAUCUCAGUUUGUAAACAUACAACCCUUAGUACCUUAUGAUGACACUGACGGUAGUUUAUCUGACAAUGAAGAUAUUGUUACUGGAUGCUUAACUACGGAGGAAAGACAUCGUCUCAUUCAGUCUUCAUCAAAUAGUUCAUCAUCGUCAGCUUUAUCUUUGGAUUCAUCCAAUAGUUCAUCUUCGGGCUCGUCCAAUUGUUCUCCAUCACCAGUAAAAGUAAACUUACUAACCCAUAUUACUCAAAACGUGACUGUUGGUGAACUGGAUAGCGAUGGCAUUGUAGUAAAUCGUCGUCCCAGGGAGUUAAAAAGGGUUUAA